UGGGCAGAUACUUGUCGGUGAAACUAGUUUUACAAAACCAACACCAACUGCAAAACCAGCUGCUCCGCCCCUUGCUAUAUCAGCCCCCAUACGUACCUUUCUACCAUCGCUCCUAUCUUCAUCUCUACGCAAAAUAAUUAAUGAAUUCGCAGUUUUAAAUUCUGGGUUUCAAUCCCCACAUCAUUUUAGCUGGUGGGUGUUUCUCAAAAUCUGUUCUUGUACUAAUUAGUUCUCGAAAUUUUGAUUAGUUUUAGAAGCUGUUUCAAUGGAGACAAAUGGUAUGUUCUCUAACACGUCUGGAGGGUCGGGAAUGUUAGGGCUUGAAAUGUCGUUAAACCACCAGCAAAAUCCCAACUUCCUUCACCAGCAACCUCCGUUCGCCGCGGCGGCGGCGGCAAAACAAGGGUACCCGUAUGCAGCUCCAAAACAAAGAGCUUCACCCAUUAGCGACGAAGAAGAGCCACAUAGCAACAAUUUGAACAAUCCGUCAACUACUGAGGACAGCGGCGGCGAUGGGAAGUUGAGAAAGGGGUCACCUUGGCAGAGAAUGAAAUGGACGGAUAACAUGGUGAGGUUGUUGAUAAUGGUGGUUUUCUAUAUCGGAGAUGAAGGUGGGUCGGAGCAACCAAGUGGGUCCGACACGGCGGCGAAGAAGAAAGGCGGUGGAGGUGGGGUUUUACAGAAGAAAGGGAAAUGGAAAUCGGUUUCCAGAGCGAUGAUGGAAAGAGGGUUUUACGUUUCUCCACAACAAUGUGAAGAUAAAUUCAAUGAUUUGAAUAAAAGAUAUAAAAGGGUUAACGACAUUUUAGGGAAAGGAACUGCUUGCAAAGUCGUCGAGAAUCAAAGUUUGCUCGAAACCAUGGAUCAUUUAUCGGCGAAAUUGAAGGAAGAAGCCAAGAAAUUACUCAAUUCGAAGCAUCUUUUCUUCAGGGAAAUGUGUGCUUAUCACAAUAGCUGCGGCGGAGGGAGCGGCGGAAGUGGUGCAGCCCACCAUUCUUCACCACCGGAGGUCACCACAACCGAACAGCCUCCACACCACAGACAAAAUUGCGUCCAUUCAAACAACGAAGACGAAGAAGACGACGAUGAGGGAGAAGAUGAUGAAGACGACGGCGAUGGCCACCCCGAUGAGGAGGAGGACGACGGCUUAUCAAGCCGGAAAAGAGGUAGAACCGCAGAAAACGAUGGGCAUGACGGCAUAAUCCAACAAUUUAAUGGCGAAAUCAGUUGUGUGAUGCAAGAUUUGGCAAAAAGCGUAUGGGAAAAGAGGCAAUGGAUGAAGGUAAAGAUGAUGCAAUUGGAAGAACAAAGAGUAGGGUUUCAAGGACAAUCUUACGAAUUAGAGAAGCAAAGAUUGAAAUGGGUGAAAUUUAGCUGCAAAAAAGAGAGAGAAAUGGAGGUGGAGAAGCUAAGGAAUGAAAGAAUGAAGCUUGAGAAUGAAAGAAUGGUGCUUUUGUUAAGGCAAAAAGAGAUGGAAUUGGUUGAUCUUCAACACCAAUACUCAUCUAAUCUUCAUAAGAGAACAACUGAUUAAUCUUCUGUUAAUGGUUGAUGUCAUUUCCUUUUCUGUAGAUAUAUAACUUGUUUUUUUUUUUUACUUAACUUUUGUUUCCAAUGAAUAUCUACGUGUUUAAAAUGCAAAACCGGGUUUGAGGUCA